CAGGAAACCAUCAUUGACAACAGAUGGCGCCUUGAUGGCAUCAUCGGCCAAGGCGGCUUCGGCAGCGUCUACAUCGCAACCGACAUCCUCACCAACCAAAUCGUCGCCAUCAAGCUCCAGUCCCUCCCCAUCCCCCACAACCCCUCCCAAGUCGACGACCUUGAGCGCGAAUCCCUCUUCUACACCCUCCUCCGCAACGACCCCGGCAUCGCAGACUUCCACGCCAACGGCCGCAAUCCCUCCUCCUUCUCCUCCUCCUCAGCCCCCCCUUCUGCUUCCUCCUCCUCCGCCUUUGAGUACAUGGUCUGCGAGCUCCUCGGCGCCACCCUCCAGAACCUCUUCUUCCGCUGCGGCAACAAGUUCUCCCUCAAGACCACCCUCAUGCUGGCCGACCAGCUAAUCACCCGGCUGGAAGCCUUCCACUCGAGGAACUUGCUCCAUAGAGACGUCAAGCCGGAUAACUUCGCCAUGGGCUUCGGUGCGGAAAAGGGCAAGACGGUGUAUAUCCUGGACUUUGGUCUGGUCGGCGAUUAUCUGAAUGAUGGUAAGACGGUGUUGGCGCCGAGUUAUUCAUUCUGCGGGAGUUAUUACUGGGCUGCCAUAUCAGCUCACCUCGACCGUUCACAAUCUCCAAAGGACGACCUCGAAUCCCUCGCCUACAUGCUCAUCUACUUCGCCCGCGGCUCCCUCCCCUGGCAGGGCUACGCCCACCCCGACGAGCCCACGAGCGCCAUGCGCGAACGCAUCACCCGCCUCAAGCUCAGCAUCCCCGUCGAUGUCCUCUGCCAGGAUCUGCCCUCCGCUUUCGCCCGGCACCUCAAGUACGUCCGGUCGCUCGGGUACAUGGACAAGCCCAACUAUGGGAAGCUGAGGGCCAUGUAUCGGAGGCUGAUGGAGAGGAAGGGGUACGAGUAUGAUGGGGUCUUUGACUGGGAUGAG